AUAUUUGUACAUUUCAAGGUUAUAACCCUUUUCCAAGUGCUGGUCGAUCUCUAUUAGAUUCUCUUUUCUAUAUUGUUGAUAUGUCAAAUAUUCAUGCUCAACAAAUAAUCAAUAACAUUAUUGCUGCAUUACAAGGAACAUACUUGCAAAGAAAUAUACCUUCUUUAGGAAGAGUUUAUACUGUAGUUGUAGUAUGA